CCUCCUUGGGCCGCUCCCAGCCCCCUUCCCCCAGCCCCAACGGCGAAGAGAGACUUGCAGACAGCUUUGCCAACUUGCUGCCAAGAGACCAGUGCUGCAAGGCAGGGUUAUUCCUAACUGAGCAGAGCCUGCCAGGAAGAAAGAGUUUGCACCCUGCACUGUGCAGGUGUGCCUGGUGAGCUCACAGCUGCCCCCCAGGCAUGCCCGGCCCACUUAAUCACUCACCACUCGACAGCUCUCCCGCCCAGCCCAGUUCUGGAGGGGAUAAAAAGGGGGCAUUGACGCUCCUGGGUAACAGAGCCACCUUCUUCGUCCUGCUGAGCUCUGUUCUCUCCAGUACCUUCUAGCCCACUAGUGCCAGUUCUCUUGCUCCACCAGGAACGAGCCACCAUGUCUCGCCAGUCAAGUGUGUCCUUCCGGAGUGGGGGCAGCCGCUCCUUCAGCGCCGCCUCUGCCAUCACCCCAUCUGUCUCCCGCACCAGCUUCACCUCUGUGUCCCGGUCCGGGGGUGGCGGUGGUGGCUUCGGCAGGGUCAGCCUUGGGGGUGCUUGUGGAGCGGGUGGCUUCGGCAGCCGGAGCCUCUACAACCUCGGGGGCUCCAAGAGGAUCUCCAUCAGCGCUAGCGGCGGCAACUUCAGGAACCGAUUUGGUGCCGGUGCUGGAGGUGGCUAUGGCUUUGGAGGUGGAGCCGGCAGUGGAUUCGGUUUUGGCGGUGGAGCUGGUGGUGGCUUUGGGCUCGGUGGUGGAGCUGGCUUUGGAGGUGGCUUUGGUGGCGCUGGCUUCCCAGUCUGCCCCCCUGGAGGCAUCCAAGAGGUCACCAUCAACCAGAGUCUCCUGACUCCCCUCAACCUGCAAAUCGACCCCACCAUCCAGCGGGUGAAGACUGAGGAGCGCGAGCAGAUCAAGACCCUCAACAACAAGUUCGCCUCCUUCAUCGACAAGGUGCGCUUCCUAGAGCAGCAGAACAAGGUCCUGGACACCAAGUGGACCCUGCUCCAGGAGCAGGGCACCAAGACCGUGAGGCAGAACCUGGAGCCUUUGUUCGAGCAGUACAUCAACAACCUCAGGAGGCAGCUGGACAGCAUCCUCGGGGAGAGAGGCCGCCUGGACUCGGAGCUGAGGAACAUGCAGGACCUGGUGGAGGACUUCAAGAACAAGUAUGAAGAUGAAAUCAACAAGCGUACCACUGCCGAGAAUGAGUUUGUGAUGCUUAAGAAGGAUGUGGACGCUGCCUACAUGAACAAGGUGGAGCUGGAGGCCAAGGUCGAUGCACUGAUGGACGAGAUCAACUUCAUGAAGAUGUUCUUUGAUGCGGAGCUGUCCCAGAUGCAAACGCAUGUCUCAGACACAUCCGUGGUGCUGUCCAUGGACAACAACCGCAACCUGGACCUGGACAGCAUCAUCGCCGAGGUCAAGGCCCAGUACGAGGAGAUUGCCAACCGCAGCCGGACCGAGGCCGAGACCUGGUACCAGACCAAGUACGAGGAGCUGCAGCAGACAGCUGGCCGGCACGGCGAUGACCUCCGCAACACCAAGCAUGAGAUCUCUGAGAUGAACCGCAUGAUCCAGAGACUGAGAUCUGAGAUAGACAACGUCAAGAAGCAGUGCGCCAACCUGCAGAACGCCAUCGCUGAUGCAGAGCAGCGUGGGGAGCUGGCGCUCAAGGAUGCCAGGAACAAGCUGGCCGAGCUGGAGGACGCCUUGCAGAAGGCCAAGCAGGACAUGGCGCGGCUGCUGCGCGAGUACCAGGAGCUGAUGAACACCAAACUGUCCCUGGAUGUGGAGAUUGCCACCUAUCGCAAGCUGCUGGAGGGCGAGGAGUGCAGACUGAGCGGAGAAGGAGUUGGACCAGUCAACAUCUCUGUCGUCACAAGCAGCGUCUCCUCUGGCUACGGCAGCGGCGGUGGCUAUGGCAGCGGCGGUGGCUACGGUGGUGGCUUUGGUGGAGGCCUCGGCGGAGGACUCGGCGGAAGUCUCGGCGGAGGUGGCGGUGGGAGCUACUACUCCAGCAGCAGUGGGGGCAUGGGCGGUGGGCUCAGUGUUGGGGGCUCCGGCUUCAGUGCAGGCAGUGGCCGAGUGGGGGUGGGCUUUGGCAGCGGCGGAGGCAGCAGCUCCAGCGUCAAGUUUGUCUCCACCACCUCCUCCUCCCGGAAGAGCUUCAAGAGCUAAAAGCCUGCUGCAAGACACCGCCUCCCAAGUGCAGCAACCCGGCCCAUGGAGACUGCCUCUUCUAGGCAGUUGCCCAGCCAAGUUUUCCCUUUUUCUGGAGACUAGUCUAGACCGAGCCCAUUGCAGAACCACAAUCUUUGGUUUCUGGGAAGGCCUCAUUCCCAGUCUCUUGUCUCCUAUGUCACAAUUCUAUCUUGUGCUUCAAACCAGCCUUUAGGUCCCCAUGUCCUCCAUGAGAUGAAACAAGAAUCCAAAGUUUUCUAGUAUCUAAACCAUCAAAACAGAAUCCCCACCCCAACCCCAAAUUUUGUUCUGGUUCUGACUUUCUCCAGAGUGUGUUCAAUAAAAUGCUUUUAUAAUAUAA